AUGAUCAAGUCAUCAAUCGCUUUGGCUUUGUUAUUUGCUUUGUCUUCUGCAAGACCACAGGAUAUUGAGACAAAUAAUGUUGUUUUUGGAUUCGAGCAAACUGUAGCACUUCCAGCUCCAGCUAUUGUGAACAAUGAUGCGUCUUAUGGAAACGCUGUUGAUUUCUCUGUUCCAACCAGCGCUGCAAUGAUGACUUGUUUGAAGAAAGCCAAGUAUCAAGUCGUCUUCGUUCGUGCAUUCGCUCCAGCUGGAUCCGGAUCCUUUGAUAUGAAUGCAGUUGGAACUAUCCGAAAUGCGUAUACCGCUGGAUUGGGAAUCGAGGUUUACAUGACUCCACAACCAACAUCCAGUAAUCAAGGAUACCAACAAUUGGAUAUUCUCUACAACAACCUUAACAACAAUGGAAUCACCGUUAGAGCCGUUUGGAUUCAAGUUACCUCUCCAGCCAACUGGCCAAACAACCCAACCGCCAACGUCAACUUCAUCAACAGCAUCGUAUCCCGUGCCAAGCAAUACGGACUUACCGUCGGAAUCUACACUUCUCAAUACGACUGGAGUCAAAUCACCGCCCAAUGGAACACAUUGAGCUCUGAUGUUCUUCUCUGGUAUUGGAAUGUUCUUGGAAGUGGAGCUUCUGGCGAGACUAAGGCCACUUUCGAUGACUUCCGUGCUUUCGGAUCAUUCAAGAAGGCAUCUGCCAAGCAAUACGCUCAAGUUGAGACAGUCUGCCAAUUGGUUGUUAACCGUGAUGUGUAUGCUGUUGGUAUCCCAGCUGUUGCUGCUGAGAAGACUGUUGUCAGCGAGUCUGACAAGAUUGUUGUCGGAGGAUUCGUUGGAAACUAA